AUGCGGGACCUGCUGCUGUUGGGAUUCCUUUCAUGCCUUACUGGCGUGUCAUCCUUCACCCAGCCCUCCCUCCUCUCACAUGCUAGGCACUUUAGCCUUCACAGGUCCAUCGCGAGUCGACGGGGCCCUCCGUUGAAACCUGCCCAUGUCCGAACGCCCUGCCGUCUCCACACUAAGACUACCAUGCUUCUGCGGCAAUCGGCCGCUGAGCUGAACGCAAUUGCGCAGGAGCUCCUUGCUGUGGGAGAGCUAGAGGUGGGGGAGGUGAACAGCUUGAUCAAGCUGGGGAAGUUUGGGACGAGCAAGAGCGGAGCGGUGCUGGUGCGUGAAGGGCAGGACGUAACAGUUCCGCUCGAGGAGAGGAACGUUUACCUGCUGCUGUCAGGAUCAGCAGAGGUCACGCGAGGAGGAGAGGUUGUCUCGAAGCUGAGCUCAGGGGAGUUCAUCGGAGAGUCGAGGUUCCUGGAGGUUGAGACGCUGGAGAAGCUCAAAGUGAUCAAGGCGGAUUUCGUAGAGGAGACUUUCAGGAGCGUCGACCUCGACAAGAGCGGGAGUAUCAGCCCAGCCGAGCUCCAGACGACGGCGAAAGCGCGAGCUGGCAUCGAGCUGAGCCUGGAGCAGGCGGAGCAGAUCGUGGCUGCGGUUGACUCCAACAGCGAUGGGGAGGUGCAGCUGGAAGAGGUCAAGAGGGCGGUAGCGAAGAUGGAGGGGAAGGAGUUCAUCAGGGACAUGUUCCUGAUGAUGGACAAGGAUGGAUCAGGAGCGAUCGAUGCGAGGGAGCUGCGGGCGGCGCUGGAGGACAAGCUUGGGGUGCAGCUCAACGACGAGCAGGCAACGAAGCUGAUCGAGAUCCUGUCGACCGGGAGGGAUCAGCUGACGCUGAACCAAGUGAUGAUGCUCUCGCAGAAGAUGAGGGAGAGUGAAGUACUCGAGCGGACCUUCAGGCUCUUCGACUCCGACGGCUCGGGGAAGAUCGACAUCAAGGAACUUGGGCCUCUGCUGGCUGCCCUCGGGGUCCAGCUGAGCAAGGAGCAGGUGCAGGUGCUGGUGCAGUCGCUGGACCUCAACAACGACGGGGAGAUGGACGUGCAGGAGCUCAAGUCCGGCAUCGCGAGGCUGCAGGGCAACGUCGUCGGCCGCUUCGGCAACGUCCUGCGGCUGUUCGAGGCGGUUGCCUUCGGCUCCCAGCGAGGGUCGCAAGUGUCAGUGACGGUGAAGGCAGGGGAAGGAGAGGAGGAGGCGAAAUUCAUCUCGUGGAGCAUCCCCGAGCUGCUGGAGUUCUUCGCUAAGAAUCCUUCCACCGCCUCCAAGGUCAAGUCCAUCUGGGCCAUCAAGCUCGCCAUGAAGCUAAAGGCGACGACUGGCCUGCUGUCCCCCAGCAAGCCCUCAUCUACUCCUGCCUCGUCCCAGCAGCAGCAGAGCGAGGAGGGGGACCCCCUGACUCCUGCGGAAGGGAAGCCCGCGGACUACGGGUACGGCAGCAACUUCGUGUACGGGCGGUACGGGGAUCUCGGACCUCUGAGACGGGCCGUGCCGGCGAACCUGGUGCGCAUGGCGGUGUGGAACUUCGGGAGGGAGUAUCGGGCACUGAGGAACGCGUUUCGGCUGGGGGAGGUGAGGGAGCUUGUCAACAGCGUGUCGGGGGCAGGCGCAUGGUUCCGGUCCAAGCAGGCGCUCAGCAGGAUGCUGGGGGAGUGCACGGAGGAGGAGAGGAGGGAGAAGCUGGCGGAGAUCUUCAAGUCUAUCGACAAGGACGAGUCGGGGGCGAUCAGCGUGGAGGAGCUGCGGGUGGCGAUCGGAGAGCUCGGAGUGGAGGCGACGAGCAAGCAGGUGGAAGGCAUGCUCAAGGUGGCGGAUCAGGACGCGUCCAAGGAGAUCUCGCUGGAGGAGUUCAGCUCCCUGGUCAACAGUCUCCUCAAGUCCGGGGACAAGUUUGACCUGAUCAUGAAGAAGAAGGGUUGGCUCCCUCCCCCCGUCGCCAAGUUCAUCCUCUUCCUCACCUCCUUGCUCGGCAACGUGGACGAGGGCGUGGAGGAGGCACUCAAGGAUAACCUGCGGCCCGUCCGGGGGUCCGAAGUCCCUCCUGAGGCGAGGAGGCUGCAAGAGAAGGUAGCUCGGCUCGUGCUGGACAACGACGCGGUGGCGAAGAGGGAGGAGAUCCGCAUGGAACAACUGAAAGUUUCCCUUGAGAAGGCGCUGAAGGAGGAGAAGAGCCCAGCCCAGCAGGAGUUUGUGCAGUCCCUCCAGUUGACUGCCACCCCAGCACUCAUCAUGGUGCCUUACACAUUCCUCUGCUGGCUCAUCGACGUUCUCUUCGUCAACCGCCCGAUCCAGCGCUUCUGGUUCCUGGAGACGGUGGCUAGGAUGCCCUACUUCUCCUACAUCACCAUGCUGACCCUGUACGAGUCGCUCGGGUGGUGGCGAUCGUCCAUGGACUCGAGAAGGGUUCACUUUGCGGAGGAAUGGAACGAAGUCCAGCACCUCAAGAUCAUGGAGGCGUUGGGAGGGGACAGGAGCUGGUUCGAUCGCUUCAUGGGCAGGCAUGCAGCGAUCUUCUACUUCAUCAUCCUCAACCACAUCUGGCUCCUCUCCCCCUCUCUCGCCUACAACUUCUCCGAGCUGAUUGAGUUCCAUGCCGUCGACACGUACGGGGAGUUUGUUGACGCCAACGAGGAGCUUCUAAAGUCGCUUCCUCCCCCCCAGGAGGCGGUGGAGUACUACAACAGCAAGGAUCUCUACCUCUUCGACGAGUUCCAGACUGGGAGGACGCCCAAGUCGCGCAGGCCAGUGAUCCGCUCCCUCUACGACGUGUUCUGCAACAUCCGAGAUGACGAGUUGGAGCAUGUGAAGACCAUGUUCCAGUGCCAGACCUCCCUCCAGCAGAUCCAGAGCCCCAACGCGCAGGCGGCGGAGAUGGAGAGGAAGCAAGAGGAGUCUGUGGAAGGGGGGAUGGAGGGGUGGGCCUUCCCUUCAGACGAGGACCUGAAGGAGGAGGAGAUACUCAGGAAGGUGAUCGAGCUGAAGAGGGAGGAGCUGAGGGCGCUGGAGCAGAGGCUGUAG